CCCGAGAGCCGGUCCCGGGCAGCCGCUCAGCCCCCUGCCCCCGCCGCCUGCUGGGCCGGGCCGAGGAUGCAGCGCAGCGCCUGGGUGGCCAGGCUCGCUCCGCUCCAGCGUGCUUGCUAACUUCCCCAGCUCCGUCCCUGCCUGCCGGGGCCGCCCCGUGUCCCCACGCCCUCCGGGUCUGGUCCACUUAGCGCCCUGGGCGCUGCCUCCGGGUCCCUUGCAGCCCGCUCGCGACUCCGCGCUCCCCUUCUGUGCCCAAUCUUCGUCCUCACCAUGCUGCCCUUCGGCCUCGUGGCCGCCCUGCUGUUGGCCGCAGGGCCUCUGCCGAGCCUGGGCGACGAAGCCAUCCACUGCCCCCCCUGCUCCGAGGAGAAACUGGCGCGCUGCCGCCCCCCUGUGGGUUGCGAGGAGCUGGUGCGGGAGCCUGGCUGCGGUUGUUGCGCCACUUGUGCCCUGGGCUUGGGGAUGCCCUGCGGGGUGUACACCCCACGCUGUGGCUCAGGUAUGCGCUGCUACCCGCCCCGGGGAGUGGAGAAGCCCCUGCGCACACUGAUGCACGGGCAGGGCGUGUGCACGGAGCUGUCGGAGAUCGAGGCCAUCCAGGAAAGCCUGCAGUCCUCUGACAAGGAUGAGAGCGACCAUCCCAACAACAGCUUCAACCCCUGCAGUGCCCACGAUCAUAGGUGCCUGCAGAAGCAUAUGGCCAAAAUGCGAGACCGGAGCAAGAUGAAAGUCGUGGGAACAGCCCGGGAGGAACCCCGUCCUGUGCCCCAGGGUUCCUGCCAGAGUGAGCUGCACCGGGCCCUGGAGCGACUGGCUGCCUCGCAGAGCCGGACCCAUGAAGACUUCUUUAUCAUCCCCAUUCCCAACUGUGACCGCAAUGGCAACUUCCACCCCAAACAGUGCCACCCCGCCCUGGAUGGACAGCGUGGCAAGUGCUGGUGUGUGGACCGGAAGACAGGGGUGAAGCUCCCAGGGGGCUUGGAACCCAAGGGGGAACUGGACUGCCACCAACUGGCUGACAGCUUCCAAGAGUGAGGCCUGCCAGCAGGUGGAGGACUCAGUGCCCCCUACUAGGCCCCUGUGCUCUGGGGGCUGUAGAGUUGACCGGGCAUGGAGUUUUGGUCUGAGUCCUGGCUCUCUGCCUCCGGCCCUGCCCAAAGUUUCCCUUGGUGUGUGUGUGUGUGUGUGUGUGUGUGUGUGCAUGUGUGUGUGCGUUUGUGUGUGUGUCUAUGGGGCACAAGUAUGGCCCAUGGGGUAAGCCUGAGCCUAGAGUACCCACUAUGGACCUAGAUAGCCCAAGAGGUCUGAGUGUAGCAACAGGAAGCCCCAGUGUGUUUUCAAAUCAAUCUUGAAUUCAUUCAUUCAUUCAGCCAUCCAAAAACAUGUAUUGACAACAUACUACAUGCCAGCUUUAGUUUUCAGCCCUGGGAGGCCUCAUUCUAAUUUCCUCUGAUUGUGGCAUGCGAGGUGUUCCUUUAAGGUGACCGGAAGCCUAAGGAGAAAAGAAACCUCAUUCUUGGAGUCGGAGAGAAAGAAAGUCGUGAACAUUUGACCACUCUCCCUCUCUUCAAUCUAGUCAGUGUGGAAAGGUGUGGAGUGGAAGGGGGCUUAAGGCUCAUGAGACCCUCCCCCACGCUCAAGCCAAGCCCUGUUGCUGUCCCCUGUUCUCCUUCCUCAGAUUCUCCAGAGGGAAGCAACUGAGGGGCAGUGCCCAUCUUUGGGUCUGGUCUGGGUGUUGGGUCCUCUGAUUAAUUGCCUUGAAGAUGAAGCUCUGCGGUGGGAGAUGAAGGCCUGAGGACAGGGGGUGGGGAGGGGGUAUCUCUUUGAGCAGUUAAGAGUGAAGAAAGGAUGUAGGAUUGGAUUGUGUGUGUGGAGGAUUGGAUUGGAUGGAGAGGAUGCUGGGAGAUGAGGAGCUGCUGAGGUCCUGGCCUGAGCCCUAACUGUGGUUACUGGUCACAAAGUCACCAGGAUGACCCUGUCUUUCCAGCUACCCGCUGCCUGUGGCCCCACCUCCCUCCCCAUAUCACCCUUCCCUUACACCUCCUGUCCCACCCUCUCUCUCCUCCUGGGCAUUUUCUGGCUUACCUGGAUAGACUUAGAGACCUGCUUGUUGGCUGUGAUGUCUUUUCAUUCAUUUUUUUUCUUUUUUUAAAAAACAAAACAGAACAAAACCAAAAAAUGUCCAGAUAA